GUAAUUUUAGUACUUAUCAAUUUAUUUCCAUCUGUUACGUAUGUGGAUAUAUCAUACAUGGGUGAGAAACCGAUGAGGAAACGUGACAUUCCGUUUGAACGACAAACUGUCUUUUUCGUACCAAGAAAGCUUCGUUAUCUUAACGUGUCGCAUUGUCCCAUAGACGGAGCUCUGAUGAAUUUUUCAAUAUCUACUGAAAAUAAUUUACAUGUUCUCGACCUAGGUAACCCUACCCGAACUCCGCGGUGUUCCUACGGAUUCUUCACAGGGUUGAUACACCUCACGGAAUUGGACAUAUCAGGCUUUGAAUGUCCAACGCCAUAUCUUGAAACACUCACAGAAAUGCAUAACUUGACACGUUUUGGGGCCAGUCACUGUAGCCUUGGUGACAGUUUUACUGCAAAUACUACUUUAUUCAAAGGAUUGUACAAUUUGACAUCUGUUGAUAUUUCGUCAAAUAAUAUAAAGACACUUAACAUUCAGUUAUUUGAGGAUCAAAAGGAUUCCCUUCAUACCCUAGUCCUAGCCCAGAAUAACAUGGAAAGACUUCCGACUGGAUUACUUCAAAGCCUCAGUGUGUUGGAAAGACUUGACAUGAGGAAAAAUCUCAUAACCACACUGACAAUAUCAGAAUAUGUUGCUCUUGAUGAAAUGCAAAGGAGAACAGAACAGUUCAGGAUUCAUCUUUCCGGAAAUCCUCUAGUUUGCAGCUGUUACAAUGUGGAUUUCAUUUCGUGGAUAGAAACUACACGGGCUAUUUAUAACAAGGAGGAACUUGUUUGUUCGGUUCUAGGAGGAAAGCAAAUGAGGAUUGAAGAAUUCCUUGAAACGUUUGAUCAAUUUCAGGAAAAUUGUGUCUCCCAAUUCUGGUUGAUCGUCUCCGUUACACUUUGUGUUCUUUUGAUUGUGUUAGGUAUUGCAUCUCGGGAAUCAUGGCGGCGCAGUGCUUGGCUGCGAGUGAGGUGCCGAGAGCCAUCCGCAUAUAAUAAAUAUCCUUACGACAUUUUUAUAUCGUACAGUGACGAAGAUUCUGGCUGGGUAGCAAACACAUUUGCCCAAUGGCUAAAUGAAAAGGGAAUCCAAUACUGCUUAGAUGAGAAAAGCUUUAAUCCAGGGCGUGACAUAGCUGAUAACAUUAUGGACGCCAUAGAUAGUUCGCGUCGAACUGUUUUCGUUGUAAGCAGUACAUAUUUAGAACACGAGUGGACGAUGUUUACGAUGAAAUUAGCCAGUGUUUAUUCAUUUCGCGAAGGUCGAGAGAACAUGAAUAUUGUGAUUCUGUUAAACGAUAUAAAACGGAGUGAAUUUCCAAAGCUCAUGCGGAAGAACUGGAAUACCAUUCGUCCUUUGCAUUGGCCACGCAAAAACACAACAGAUCCAGAAAAAAAUAUCGCCGCAGAGCAGGUGUUUUGGAAAAGAUUGUUAAAACGCAUCCAACGAGAAAAUAACAUCGUUGUAUCGUCAGAUGGGGAAGUUCAGAAGAUAAUGAACAGCAUCAAGAAGAGUUGUAGGAAGGAACUCAAACCCAUACCCGUAAUCUACGACGAAGAAGUAUCCAAACAGACCCAGGACUGGGCAGCUGACAGACCACGUCUUGAGCCGAUUCCCAUCCACCUACGCAACCUUCUAGGUGCGUGUACGAAAGGAUGCCACGUCACCAGGAUAGAAGAGACAAGUCGUGUCACGUGUUCAGGAUACCGUCUAAAGACUGUGCCCCAACAUUUGCCAGUCAACACGACUGGGUUGAACCUACGGAAUAAUGACAUUAAUACAUUACCGGGUAAAUCGUUUAGCAAUCUUCAUGCUUUAAAAGCACUUACACUUUCCAUGAACAAAUUGUCCAUUAUUUCGACCGAUGCAUUUUACGGGCUUCGUAAUUUAGAGUAUCUGGAUUUAUCUGAAAACAAUCUCGAUGUUUCUUCAUUCGACACUACAACUUUUCAUAUCUUGGAAAAACUUAAAUAUUUAAACAUUCAACGAAAUCAUUUCCACUUGACGAAACUAUAUCCGCAAUAUGCAUUUGCUCACAUGUCACAACUGGAGACUCUUAUUAUAGAUAUUUUUGAAGGAUUCCGAUUCGGAAGUGGAUUUUUGAAUUUAACCAAACUGCAUAGAAUAGAAUUUAAUUAUGUUAGUGAAGAACGGGUGUCAUUUCGAAAUUCAUCUUUUCUCGGACUUAAGAACUCAAAUAUCUCGUGUUUAGAUAUCUCUGUGCGGAUGAAAAAAAUUGAGAUCGAUUGCUUGUCUCCGUUUAACAGACUAACAUCGCUUAGUUUGAGUUCAGAACAAACCAUACCAAUAAACGUUCUUCUGAGAGCACUUUAUGGAUUGCGGGGAAGAACAAUGGAAUCAGUGACACUGCAUACAAACGAUGUUUUAUUUAACGGAAUGAUCCAUUUGACGGACUCGGAUUUUUCCUACCUGUGUACUAUCUGUAUAAAAAAGCUUAAUUUAACUCGAAAUUCUAUAGGAACAAUACCAGUGUCGUCGAUUGUGUCGUGGACUAAAAGACCGUGCCUGGAGAUGUUAGACUUAUCAAGAAACAUAUUUUAUUCUCCUGUACUUUUAGUACUUAUUAAUUUAUUUCCAUCUAUUAGGUAUGUGGAUCUAUCAUACAUGGGUGAGAGACCGAUGAGGAAACGUGACAUUCCGUUUAAUCGACAAACUGUCUUUUUCAUACCAAGAAAUCUUCGUUAUCUUAACGUGACGCAUUGUCCCAUAGACGGAGCUCUGAUGAAUUUUUCAAUAUCAACUGAAAAUAAUCUACAUGUUCUCGACCUAAGUAACCCUACCCGAACUCCGCGGUGUUCCUACGGAUUCUUCACAGGGUUGAUACACCUCACGGAAUUGGACAUAUCAGGCUUUGAAUGUUCAACGCCAUAUCUUGAACCACUCACAGAAAUGCAUAACUUGACACGUUUUGGGGCCAGUCACUGUAGCCUUGGUGACAGUUUUACUGCAAAUACUACUUUAUUCAAAGGAUUGUACAAUUUGACAUCUGUUGAUAUUUCGUCAAAUAAUAUAAAGACACUUAACAUUCAGUUAUUUGAGGAUCAAAAGGAUUCCCUUCAUACCCUAGUCCUAGCCCAGAAUAACAUGGAAAGACUUCCGACUGGAUUACUUCAAAGCCUCAGUGUGUUGGAAAUACUUGACAUGAGCAAAAAUCUCAUAACCACACUGACAAUAUCAGAAUAUGUUGCUCUUAAUGAAAUGCAAAUGAGAACAGAACAGUUCAGGAUUAAUCUUUCCGGAAAUCGUCUAGUUUGCAGCUGUGACAAUGUGGAUUUCAUUUCGUGGAUAGAAACUACACGGGCUAUUUAUAACAAGGAGGAACUUGUUUGUUCGGUUCCAGGAGGAACGCAAAUGAGGAUUGAAGAAUUCCUUGAAACGUUUGAUCAAUUUCAGGAAAAUUGUGUCUCCCAAUUCUGGUUGAUCGUCUCCGUUACACUUUGUGUUCUUUUGAUUGUGUUAGGUAUUGCAUCUCGGGAAUCAUGGCGGCGCAGUGUUUGGCUGCGAGUGAGGUGCCGAGAGCCAUCUGCAUAUGAUAAAUAUCCUUACGACAUUUUUAUAUCUUACAGUGACGAAGAUUCUGGCUGGGUAGCAAACACAUUUGCCCAAUGGCUAAAUGAAAACGGAAUCCAAUACUGCUUAGAUGAAAAGAGCUUUAUUCCAGGGCGUGACAUAGCUGAUAACAUUAUGGACGCCAUAGAUAGUUCGCGUCGAACUGUUUUCGUUGUAAGCAGUUCAUAUUUUGAACGUGAGUGGACGAUGUUUACGAUGAAAUUAGCCAGUGUUUAUUCAUUUCGCGUAGGUCGAGAGAACAUGAAUAUUGUGAUUUUGUUAAACGAUAUCAAACGGAGUGAAUUUCCAAAGCUCAUGCGUAAGAACUGGGAUGUCAUUCGUCCUUUAAAUUUGCCAAAGGAAAGUAGGAAAGAUCGAGAAAGAAACAUCACUGCACAGCAGGUGUUUUGGAAAAGAUUGUUAAAACGCAUUCAGUCAUAGGUAUUAGCCUCGUCUGUCAAUACAUUAAAUAUAUGAUCUUGUCUCAUCAUA